UACUAAUAACAGUAGUAACAGUAGUAAUAACAGACUAAUAAAAAAUAGUAGCAGUGGGCGUCAGGCAGAACCACGGCAGCAGACACAACCACGGUAACAUACAUAACCAUGAUGCACGAACCAGAUGCCACCAUGAUCCUUGGGAACCUGCAAGAGAAGAAGGUACCACAGCUCCAUCGAAGAAGCCAAGUUAGCAACAUGCAUUAAUGGGACAUGAAUGUGUGGAGUGACAGUGAAGGAGAGAAGAGCUCAGUGUGUCGAAGGAAGUCCUCGGCAGACUGGGCCUGUGUGAACCUUACUAGGGGUUUGUCCACAGCAAGCCUGAGCCAGCCCAUACUAUAAGCUUUAUUAAAGAGGAACGUCUUAAGUCUACUCCUAAAUGAGAAGACAGUGUCUACCUCCCAGACUGAAACUGGAAGAUGGUUCCACAGAACAGGAGCCUGAUAGUUGAAGGCUCUGGCUUCCACUCUACUUUUGGAGACUCCAAGAACUACAAGUAACAAAGGCACAAACACAAAUUACCUCUCACAAAGGGUUUAAAGAGUCACAAAGAAAGCCAAGUCAUUUCUUGCUGAGCAUAUUCACCCUUUGUUCAAUAGGUUCAGGUGGCUUCCUUUUGGUCCCGGAUAUAAUCUGCCAAGAUGCAGAUCCAAUAGAAUAAAAAUUUACUGGCACCUGCUGCUAUAGAGGCAAAGAUCCUCCCCCUGUGGUGUCCCCCAUGGGAUCUUAAUCCAGAAAAAAUAUGUAUGGCAGUGAACAGUGAGAGAGAGAGUUUAGAUCCCAUUUGAACCCCAUUUGUCAAUUGAUAAGAUAAUUUUGCGAGUUGAAGUGACAAAAAUCGGUGUCUGUAGUUGGGCCAGGUGGCUCCCGACCUUGUCCUUCUUAUUUCUUCCCAAAUGUCUUCUGUUGUCUACCCUGUGUCUUAGGUUCGGCUGGCAGGUAUAUAGGAAAUCACUGGAGAUAGGCAGGAUCUGGUGCAAUCGAGUUUAUUGUGUUCACAGGCAAUAACACAGACAAACUCAUGAGUCAGGCUCCGGAGGAUGACUGAAAAAUUGCUUUCACUAUUCUGGCUUAUAUGCUGGUGGAGGUCGAAGAGAUCUCCGCCUAUUUCUAUUGUCCUUCCCCUUUCAAACCAUAUCUACUGGUGGCAGGCUUCCUCUCUCUGUUCCGGCUCAACUGUAAUCUGCCACCAGUAUCUCCGGAGCUGCUCUCACUUUAUUUUUUAAAAACAUGUGAACCUGAGGGACUCUCAUGCUACAGUCCCUCGUGCUUCCGUACAAGGUAAUAUGUAAUAUUUUUAGAUCUUGCAAAUGCGUUUGGUUCAGUACCGCAUAGCCUCAUUUGGAGUGCGAUUGACUACCUGUGCCACAGGUAGUAAUCAUCAGGGCUUCUAAGUGGGUGGUAGGUGGGGAGAGACGGCAGAACGGGUUGCAUCUUCCACCAGUUAGGGCUUACAUGGAUGACAUGACACUCGUGACCACAACAAGGCAGUAGCUCAGUCCAUAGGGACUUGGGUUGGGGACCGGAGGGUCGCCUGUUCUAGUCUCCAUCCGGACCAAAUAUGGAGUGUGGACUGGUGGCUGGAGAGGUGCCAGUUCACCUCCUGGGCACUGCCGAGUUGCCCUUGAGCAAGGCACCCCCUAACCGCUCGGGGUGCCUGACCAAGGCAGCCCCCUCACUCUGACAUCUCUCCACUUUGUACAUGUAUAGGUCCUGUUUGUACAUGUGUGUGUCUUUCGGACCUGUGUGUUAAUGACAAAAAGAGUGAAAAAAAUGAAUUUCCCCUCAGGGGGAUGAAUAAAGUAUAUAAGAUUAAAAAUUAAAUUAAAAAUUAAAAUACCAUGUACAAAGAGGCUUCUAGAGAAGAUAAAUAAGAACCUCAAGUGGGCCAGCAUUAAGAUCAAGCCUAGUAACGUAGAGGGAAGUUAAGUGAUAGGAAGUUUGUCAUAGAUGAUGAGGAAAUCCCAACAAUUAGGGAAAUUAGGUAGCUGGUACAAUGUAUAGUUAAAUGAUGAGGAACAGGUGGUGAAAUUUAGAAAAGAUGUGGCGGAAGGAUUGGAUAGAAUAGAUAAAUCAGAUAUUGGAAUAAAUCAAAUUCCAAUAUCCGUUGUGGAGAGAAUUGAAAGGUCGGUUAGCUCCUAUAUUAGGAAGUGGUUGGGCGCUACUAGGUGCCUAAGUAGUGUUGCAUUGUAUGGAAAAGGGAUACUUCAGCUGCCAGUAUCUAGUUUAACAGAGGAAUUUAAAUGUACCAUUGUCAGGACAGAGCUCUUGUUAUCUGGGAAUAAGGACGUAGUAGUUAGUAGUAGUAGUAGUAGUGUGGUUCCAAAUCCAACCAAGGGGAGGAAGUGGAACCCAAGAUCAGCAGUUCAGGAGGCUUGUAUUGUAGUUAUGCUAUGUAGUGUGUGAAAUAGAGUAUGGUGAAUGUGCUAGUAAAAGUAGUAUCAGCACUGUUGCUACCUGGAGCUUGCAUGUACGGAGCCUGGGUUUGUUGAAGGUGGCAGUGCUGUUUGGGCUGAGAAAGACAUGUGUAAGUAAGGUAAAGGAGAGUGUUGGGUUGAUGUGGGGAGCAGUGAGACCUGGCAUUAGGGGAGUGUCUCUGGGACGCCACAGAUCACUGUCUAGCCUCCUGGAGGUGUUGUGGGACCAACUAGACGAAACACCGGUGAAAGGAGGUUCGCACCCGAUGACCCCAAAGACAUGUUAGUUAUCACUGCUCAUUGGUCUGUAGAGUUAAGCCUUGCCAUAAUAGGUUAUCAUAGGGCUUAGGAGGUUAUUCACUGAGUGCUGAUCCUUUCUCUAGAGCACAAACGUCUUGUGUUUAUUUGAAUAUCAGCCAAAAAGCAAACGAACAAGCAACACCCAUUGCUAGUGGGUGUACAUACUGGUAUGGAAUACAGCAGGCAUUGGAGCUUCAGCGAGAAAGCUUCUUUCCACAAAUUAGCUUGAUCAAUCCACAAGCCAGGCGUCACAUCAAACAACCCAUCGUAGGCUUGUCUCUGAUGACUUUGUGUUUCAGUGUAGACACAGAGACAUAUUUUUACCUUUGCCAUGUCUGUGAGGAAAAGCGCCCGGCAGACAGGAUUGUAGCCCACCUCUCUUCUAUUGACCAUUUCAGGAACUACUUUAGCUACGUAAACCCCAAUGUACUGAGAUUCUCCUGGAUCCCCUUCAUGGAUAAGAAUGUCACUCUGACGCCUGAGGUCUUAAAGGAAAUAAGAGUAAGGGGGCUCGGAAAACUACAGGUGUUGGAUUUACCUGAAAAUCUGUUGAAAAAGCUUGAAUCAGAAACCUACUCUGGGGUGAUGCGCAUUCUCAGUGAAAAUGACAAGCUUCUCAAGCUACUUGAAGCUGGCAAGCCAAAGAGGACGAUGAUACAAACAUACCAAAGAGACAGCAACAGGAAGCAUCCACUUCUUGGCAUGCAGCACCUCGUUGAAUGCAUUUGUGCCGGGUCGACUGAGAAGAGAUACUAUCUCUGCACGCUCUGCCACCUAACUUUGGCCACCCACAUGAUCAUCAAACACGUCCUGAGCUUUGACCACAUCUAUUGUUAUUUUAAAGAAUGGCACCCGUCUACUUUGCUGUCAAAGGGAUCCUACCAGAAAUACAACUACCGCUUUGCCUCCACAAUGCUUGAUUUUGCAAAGCAGGCAGAAUUACAGAGUACUGGAAACACUGAUAUGAAGCAAGUGAGCCUGGAGCCUGCCAAGUACACAUCAGUGAAUUUCGCUAGUUAUGCAGAAGCUUUGAAGGAACUGGAAUCCAUCAGAAAGGAAAACAAGGAGGACAGCUUGAUUACAGUUAUCAAACCAGGGAGCAGGCUGCAGCCCCACACUGCGUCAGCAGCGCCUGUAGUGCGAGCAGGGCCAGCAGCACCAGCAGCAUCUUCAGCACCAGCAGCAGCAGCAAGAGGAACGUCUGUAGCACUAGCAGGGCCAACAGCACCAGCAGUGUCUGUAUCGUCAGCAGCACCAGCAGGGCAAGCAGAUUCAGCAGUGUCUUCAGCGUCAGAAGGGCCAACAGCAGCACCAGCUGCGUCUGCAGCAGCACCAACAGCCUCCUCAUCACCAGCAGGGCCAACAGCAGCACCAGCAGCACCAGCAGCUCCAGCAGCUCCAGCAGCACCACCAGCGCCUGUAGUGCCAGCUGGACCUGGAGCAUUAUUGUACAAACUACACUGUCAGAACUGCAGUAUGAGUUUUGACAGUAUGCAUAAGUAUUGCAAUCAUUUGUCCAAGUGGAGUCACAAACAGAUGCUGAAGAGGCACUUUGGAGGUGUUGAUGAUUGCAAAGCAGGAUGGAAACCCAGUCUGGACUUAUACAUGUACCACCAAGAGCGCUUGAAGCAUAAUGAACCACUUAUUGGUGUAUCCCUGGUUGUGACAUGUAUCAGCAAUGGAGAUAUGGAGGACCCUUUUUAUGUGUGCUUUGCUUGUGAGGACUGUUUUUGCAAGUCCUUUCGCAAACAGCACUUCAACUCCAUGAAACAUCUCAUAAACACCUUGCUGCACCAGAACCCCUGGCGUCUGCCUUUUGCGUGGGAGAACCUGGAUGUGGAAGUCUUGAGGUCAAUGGCAUGGGAAGAGGAGAAGGAAAGAGGACCAAAACAGAUGUUGUUGAAGGUUCUUGAUAUGCCAUCCUGGGAGUUUAAGAGGCUUGAUGGACUUAACUACCCAAAUGUGAUGGCAAGACUUCAGCAAUACCACACAAUCUUAAGGCGUGACGUUCCACCAAGUGAAAGACACAGCAAACUCCAACAGAACGAGAGAUUUCCUCUGCUCGGUGCAAACUUCGUGGUCAUGUUUCAUGUGUGUGUUAAAGGGGUUCAGCUCAAAAAUAUGGGAUUCCUCUGUUUGCUCUGCAAGAAGAGGUUGAGUGGCGCUGAACGUUACGCUCAUGUGUUCAGCCGAGAACAUGUUGUAAAAUUUCUGAAGUGUUUCCACCGGGUCUUUGACAAUUCAAGCACUAGUGCAGAGACCUUACUGGACUUGGCAAUACAGGCAGGAUGGUCUCACCUGUUAACAGAUGUACAGAUAGUACAGUUGGACAAGCCCAUCUGGGAGCCAUGCAGCUAUGAGAAAGCAAUAAAGAUCCUGAAAUCUGCAAAGAAGAAAGAAGGAAAAACAGAGUUAAUACCCCCAAUAUGUCUAAAAGAAAAGCUGGUUCCUAGAGAAACCUCAGAAAAAAACAAGGACCAUGUGAGAGACAAUAGUGAGAAACACAGCAGGACGAUGGAGGGGUGUGAGAAAACUUUGAGUCAAAACUCCGACAGUGAUGAGACAAACCUGAAAAAGAUGUCAGUUGAAGUUGGUGCUGAUGUCUCCAGUGCACAUUGUGUACAAAGUGGAGAACACGCAGAAAAGGGAGACAACAAGGAGACUCCCACACCAAGUGAUGAAGAAUCAAAGAGAGGAGAUGUGACCUCAACAACUAGUUCAGAGGAGAUACAGAAUGCGGGAAGGGAGACAUGCCAGGGAAUAAAGGAGGAGAAGAUACAAGAGCCUACAUCAAGAAAACCAACGGAUGGAAGUGAUGGAACAGAGGCCGGAAUACAGACAAGCAGAAGUAUCACACAGAAGAGGAAAUUCUCACAGGAGGACACCUGUCCUGUUAUAAAUGUAACACAAGAAAUGGACCAUAAAAGGCAGCGGCUCACCUCCAAAGAAGACACACCUCAUAAAGAACCCCAAAAUUUGCCAAGCAACGCACAAAAUGUGUCUGAGCCUGUGGUCGUUACAGCAUCUGCUAGUAUGAACCAGCAACCAGGAGAUAAGUUGUGGCAGUAUCUUAGCAAGAAGAGCCGAGAUCCUGUUGUUGGCUUAAGUGCACUUCUUGAAUGCAACAAUGAUGAGCAUGACCCUCUCUACCUCUGUGAGUGCUGCUCUCUGAAGAUCCCAGAGAAGGAUAUCAUCAGCCAUGUCACCGGAGUCUACCACCAGAGGACGUAUCUGGUGGUGUUACAGAAACUCUCACCAGGGAUGCAUCAGAGGGACUCAGUCAGACGUUUGGCUGAAUUGUUUGAACAAGAAAAUGGAUAUGGAGAAGCUGAGGCUGUUGAUCUGGAUGAUGAGACUUUCAAUAAAAUCUCACAGCAAGACUUCAAAUCAGCCAUACAGACAGUGAAGGCCCUUAAGAAUCAGCAGGACAGUGGGCAUGAUCUUCCCUCGACCUCAGCUUCGCCUGGCGUUCAACCUACCUACCAGGACGACUACCAGGUGGUGAAUAUGGAGAUUGAUGAUGAUCCAGAAGACUCUAAGGCACAGCCAUCCUCAGAAACCACCUCCGAUGAAACCAGAGUCCCUCGUGAAUCAAACGAAGAUGCCUCAGUGACCCAUAUCAAAGUGUCUGAGUCAGCUGAGAACGUUAACACCAACAUGACUGUUUGCAGAGGCAGCGAGAACAAAGUCAAAAUCAUUUCAAACACAACUGUGGGACUUUUAAAAACAGCAACCACUUCCAAAACAGUGGGGACCUCCCAAACUGCAGCAGCUUUAGACUCUACUGUAACCACCACAUCCAUGACGGCCAUCUCCAAGUUUACAGACAAAUCUUCCAAUUCUACUCCGGACACCAUCAAAUCAACGGCACCCUGCUCCCGACAUACAGCUGCAACCUCCAGCUGUACUACAGCAAACACCAAAUUGAGAGAACCCGCCUACAAAUCUACAGCAAGCUCCAUCCCAUCAAUGUCCAAACCACUUGAAAACAGAACUGGAGCUGCAGCCAAAGUUCCAGCAACUUCGCACAAAACUGCCACCGCCCCUAAAUCAGAAUCCACAGUAGUGCGUAAAGCCGCCUGCAGAACUGCGUCCAAAUCAGAAAACGCCUCCAAAAAUUCUGAAAAUGCAUCUAAAACUGCGGUUGCAUCUCAAACUAUGGGGACAUCUGUAGCCACUGCUAAAAUGUCUAAAACGUUGGUUGCAUGUGAAAAUACUGCGGCCUCUGUCAAGACUGCACCCAUGAAGAAUUCAGUGAGUUCGGCUUCUGAUGUUGCACCAAAUGCUGCUAAGAGUAAGGCACCUGCAGCUCCCCAUCUCACUGCCAGGUCUGAAAACAAGAAUCCACACACAGACCCAUCACAUACAAAGACAAGUCAAAGCCUUCCCAGAAUUGGCUUAAACCAGUUGAUUGCAGUGACGUGUCAAGGAAGACAGCAAGUCUACUGUCAGCUGUGUUCAGUCAGGUUGCAGCAGUCCAGUCAUACGUGUGAAUAUAUCCACGUGUUAGGCUGUUUGAGGAUGCACUACCCUGACUGGAAUGGCAAGACUCAUAGCCAAGUCGUUGAGAAAGCAAACCACUUGGCUGAGGUUGAGAAGGACAUAAGAUCCCAUGACAUCAAGAGACUGGAAGUGAAGAUUGAUGAGUACAAAGAGCUGGCUAGACUUUCAGAGGAUGAAGCUAUUGAAAAACUGAAAGAAAAGUUGAUACAGAGAGACAUGGACCUGUCAUCGCCCUCCUCAACUGAUACUGCAGAGCCUUGGAGACAGCAAGUUCCCUCUUCCAGUCCAUGGGAAAUUUCAAGCCCAGAUGAUGGGAUGUGCAUGCAACAAAAUAAAGGACGUUCUACUGAUAUCAAGUCACAGCAAGAGAGGAGACAUGAGCUCCAAACGCAUUUGGUCCAAGUUUCAGAAAUUGAAUCCACUUCAGAAAAGAGAGAAACUCCUGCUGUGGGUCAAUCAGACAGAGCUCAGAGCAUGAAGAGUUCAGAGCCAGAAGCUGACCAUCUGAUUUCAGACCAGCCUCAUUCUUCUUCGAUUGUGAAUAAAAAUGAGCCCAUCGCAGAUCCUAGCACUGAAGAGACAGGAAUUGCAGUCAAAGUGGAUAAACCUCGGGGUCAUGAUGUGCGUCAUCUUGCCACUGACUCUGCAGACAGAUCAGCCCAAACCCCCAGUGCAUACCAAGAGACUCCAGAGAAGAGGAAACAGCAGGAGAGAAGUGAUCCAAGGUUACAAGGUGGAAGGUGGAAGGUGUCUGAAGGCUCUCAGAAAACAUCAUCUGUAAAAUUCCUCAACCCGGACCCGCCCUCUCCUGUUGCUGCAGUGACAACAGAACGGCAGAACCACCCAAAACCCAGACAGAAAUCAGCAGAACAUGUAUCAGAACACUCACAAGAACUCCCAGUGAUUACCAUAGGGCAAAGCACCGAGGGCAGCAGUAAUUUGUUUAAACACUACUUGAUGAUGAAGGGAUGCGACCCUGACACAGUCAUAGGUCUGAGCUCUGUGUGGGAGUGUCAAGGGGUAUCUCUGAGUCCAUUCUACCUGUGUGAGAGCUGUGCAGAGACACUCUCCAUCAGUGACAUCUGUUCACACGUGGUCAGCAAAAAACACCAGGAAAAUUACAUGCGGAGGCUGAAACCUCAGUUUCUGUCCUUCAUGGAGUAUGACCUGCCUGAAGAGCAUAAAGAGAAGAUCUUUAAUGGCGUUGCCGAGAGGGUGGCACAACAGGAGCGUUACAACGAGAUUGAUGCGCAGGUUAUCAUGCUGAGGCCGGAGUUAUAUAAAAUGGUUCAGAAAGCUCCCUUCAGUGAAGCUUUAAUGAUGGUUCAAAACAUCUACAAAGCAAAGAAACUGAGCGUCCCCUGGCAAGUCAUCUGUACACUAGAACAAAAGGACCAGGAGCCUGAGGCCCAGCAGAGUCCAGAGGAAUCUCUUCCCAUGGAGACACAGACAGAACCGCCACCUGAGACGGACCAAAGAGGUGGACCAAGACAGAAAACUGAGAAACCUCAUUUGGAAGAGAUGGUUGUAAAUUUGGACAAGGUCAAGCAAAGAAGAGCCUUGAGUCCUCCGCAUGUGACCAGUGUCUCCUCAACAACUGCUUCUGUAAUGUCUUUUAUCCUUGGUGCUGAUACAUGUCUCAGUCCCCAAGACCAGCCAGAACCCAGAACCCAAUUUCCUCAACACCAGAGCCUGAUGCCAGAGUUGGAAGUCAGCCAGGCAGAGGUACACUCAGAAUCCUUGUCCGACUCUGUUAUUAGUCCUCAAACCAGUCAGAUCCUGUCAGAGUCCCCCAGAGAUAAAUGCCGUCCAGCCAGGAAAAGAAAAGCUGGUGAAUCUGUUGAAACACCCAUGAGAUCUUGCACAAGUAACCCUCAGCUUGAGGAACCUAUUCCAGCCAAACACACAUGCAAUGUGCUGCAGCCUGUCAGUCAGUCCAGCCCCGAAUCAGACACUGAGUCCACUUCUGUUAAUCCUGCUGCAGUCUCCACCCUUAUGUCUCUUGAGGACAAAGACCGCGAACAAGACACACCAGUCAUGGACAUGACAAAGUUUGCAGAGGAUCCUUUUCCAGCCAAACAGACAUGCAGUGUGCUGCAGCCUGUCAGUCAGCCCAGCCCCAAAUCAGCCACUGAGCCCACUUCUGUUAAUCCUGCUGCGACCUCGACCCUCAUGUCUCUUCAGGAUGGAGACACAGAACAAGACACACCAUUCAUGGACAUGACAAAGUUUGAUGAACUAAUUGCUCUUGUAAGAAAGAUGAAGUCUGAGGUACAUGCGUCCCCUCGCACGUUAGCUCCAAAUAAUGGUAAUACUAAUACCUCCUGUGCUAGCAAUUCCUCCGAAAGUGGUGUUGAAAGAGUAUGGAAUCCAAAUUCUGUGCAGACUACGGUGGUCCAAAAAACAACAAGAUGGGAUUUAAAGUGGGAGCUGGUUAAAGUAACAAACAAUCCACCCCCUUCUAACGUAUCGGAGGAGAUGUUCUCAACAGCUGCUCCUGUGGUUUUGGGCCAUGAGAACCAACUCGUCACCCCUAAUGCCAGCUCUGUUUACUCAGCCAGCAGCUCAUCUCCUGAGGGUUCCACUUCAUCGCAGGGCAACCUUUUGUUCAGAGCAACUGAAGCCAAAGCCUUCAGUACCAUGUUACCAUCUGCCAGCACUGUUGACCCCACUGACCCACAACAGCAGAGAAGUGACAGUGCUCACAGCAUCUUUGGAAACCAAUCCAACCCCAUUCCCAUCCACUGUACAGUCACCAAUGAUAAUCCAAGUCAGAUACCACAGCCACGAUAUUACACAGAGACUGAUGGCACUGGGGUUCCUCAGUUGCCCAUUAACACCAUCGUAACGGUCAGGUCAAAACCCCCUGAGCAGCAGUUUGUGGUAGACUAUGAUGGACUGGACAACACUGAGGUGAACAGGGGCAAUCAGGCCACUCACAGUUUGUCCACAGUAAGCCCCGGUGACCCCUCAGGAGGGUAUGGUCAGUAUAGCCAAAUGGCUUGCGUCACAACUGGACAGUCAGGUUAUUUGUCUUUCGAGGCUGUUAGAAGUAACCCAACGCCAAACAACCCUCCUGUAUACCCUUGGAGUUCAUACCAAUAUGAAGGGCAGACUACAAGAGGGUUGUACUCAAGCCAGAUUCACCCACAGCAGGAAGCUAGCCACUCCUCUCUGCAGUCGCUUGGACAGAAUGGAGCAACUCCACAGGUACCAGAAUGGGGGAGGCUGGGAAUGCAGCAGAGAGGGUUGUUACUUCAGGGGCAGUACUCCACAUGGCCAAGUGCUUCCAUGUCUGCUGAAGUUGGCUCCAUAACCAAUGAGGCUACUUGCGUUGGCACCGGUCCAUUCAUGAUUCCACCCAACGGUUCACAAAUGAUUGACCUGAACCAAUACAGCACCAGCGGAUUCGCUCCAACUCUGAACAGCAACAACUUAGUAACACAAAAUACACCUGGAGUCAUUUACCAUCUCCCUGCAGCCAACACUGAAAUGAUGCCCCAGCCAUCUGCAAACCCCUUUUUUGCACCUGGCACAUGAUUUUUUACUGUAGGUGCCUCUGUGGUCAUCUCACCCCGCCAUGAAACUGCCAGUUACCAAAGUUAUUUCUGUCAUAUACUGUUAUUUAUUGUUCUGUGUUUGUUUCUGCUACACAUGAGUUUAAAUUUGUGCCUUUUUAAUUAAUAUUGAUUUUAAGUGAACUGAAGAUAUUUUUGUUUGUAAAUCCUUUCAAAAAGCACAUUAUGUUAUGUUACUACUGCUUGUUUCAGUUUUUAACAUUCCUAAAAAGAUUGUCAGGCAUCAUUUUUGUGAUGUUCGUAGUUUUAUAUUUUCAUGUUUUGUUCAUUUUAAUAAAAUGGAGAUAAAUUGUUGACUAUGAA